AUGGCCGAGAAAGCAGCACCCACAAAGACCAAAAACAAGUUCCUGAAGCUUUUACAGAAGGCCGCAACAGCUCCUCUGAGUCCAAAAAAACCAAACCGAUCUUCACAAAAACCGGUAAGUAAUGCUCCGAUCCACACGAUUAUUCCAGCCGAUGCACUCCGCAGCAAAUCACGAAACUGGAGCUUCGGGGCCCGCGAGCCAACUUCACCGCAAGUCUCGUGCAUGGGGCAGCUCAAGCACAAGAAGAAGCUGUGUAGCAUGAUAAACAACAAAAGCUACGUGUUGCCGCCGUUGGAUCAUCUCAAUCUGAUGGUCCACACUCCUAGUAAGGCAGUGGAAGCUGAUCUCGAAGGUGAUAAGAAAAAGAAGAAGCCCUUGGCUAUCAAGAACAUGUUUUCGAGAAUACCGUCUCGACGAAGAAAGAGCGAGGCUACGACUGGUAUUACUGAGCAUAGAUCAUCUGCUUCGUCUUCGUGUAGUUUGAGCCAGAUGAGGCGAUUCUCGAGCAGCCGAACCUCGUUGAAUAAUUUUGAUUGGACGGCCGCGCAGAUUGCUCCGGUGGAUAACGAGGGAGUUAAAGAUAAGAUUGGUACGUGUGUGCCGAAGGUAAUGCUGGAAUGUAAAGAAGUGAGUUUUGAGCCGAGGAAGGAUGUUAGUUUGUGGAAGAGAAGGCCUAUGGCUCAACCUGCUCCUCUUCAACUCUAA